CUUCGGCGCCACCACGUGUGUCCCCGAGCUGAGUGGCCACCCGACUCAGUCCCUCGCCGGCCGGUCUGGGCAGCGGAGGAGGCGAGUAGCUGGUAGUGACUGGAGGUUUCGCUAUGGGAAGUCGUGUGUCUCCGUCAGCCCUGCUCCCUGGUUCUCCGCAGCCGCUGUCGCUGGAGAGCACCGGGAGGCGCGGGUUCCAAGCGCGCCUGCUUCUCCCCGCCCGGGCGCCCGCGCCCCUGGGCAGGUGCUGAGCGCCUUCCCGAGCCUCCCCUGCCGCCUCCCUCUUCCGCCCGGCCGCCCGGCUGCUGCAGUGCACAUGGGCUGCUGGAGGUAGAUGGGCUCCCCGCCCGGGAGGCGGCGGUGGAUGCGGCGCUGGGCAGAAACAGCCACCGAUUCCAGCUGCCGUGGGGCCGCGCGCUCCGGGCGCCCCUGCGAGCCCCAGGCUCGGCCAUGGGGACCUCGGCAAGCAGCACCACCGCCCUCGCCUCUGGCAGCCGCAUCACCGGCCAAGUCGGAACCACGAUGGUCGCCGGCUCCCUUCUCCUGCUGGGAUUCCUCAGCGCCAUCACAGCUCAGACAGAACAAAAGACUCCGGGUCUCACGGGCACAUACCGCCAUGUUGACCGAACCACUGGCCAGGUGCUAACCUGUGACAAGUGUCCAGCAGGAACGUAUGUCUCCGAGCACUGUACCAACGUGAGCCUGCGAGUUUGCAGCAGUUGCCCUGCGGGGACCUUUACCAGGCAUGAGAACGGCAUAGAGAGAUGCCAUGACUGUAGUCAGCCGUGCCCAUGGCCGAUGAUCGAGAGAUUUCCUUGUGCCGCCUUGACUGACCGAGAAUGCACUUGCCCACCUGGAAUGUAUCAGUCGAACGGUACCUGCGCUCCCCAUUCAGUGUGCCCUGUGGGCUGGGGUGUGCGCAAGAAAGGGACGGAGAAUGAGGAUGUGAGGUGCAAGCAGUGUGCUCGGGGUACCUUCUCUGACGUGCCUUCCAGUGUGAUGAAAUGCAAAGCCCACACAGACUGUCUGGGUCAGAACCUGGUGGUGGUCAAGCCGGGGACCAAGGAGACAGACAACGUCUGUGGCACACGCCUGUCCUCCAGCCCAACCCCACCUCCCCCUGGCACAGCUCUCUUUUCUCACCCUGAGCACAUGGAAUCCCAUGAAGUCCCUUCCUCCACCUAUGAGCCCCAAGGCAUGAACUCCACAGACUCCAACUCUACUGCCUCUGUUAGACCAAAGGUACCCAGUGGCAUCCAGGAAGGGACAGUCCCCGACAACACAAGCUCAACCAGUGGGGAGGAAGGCGUGAACAAGACCCUCCCAGGCCCACCACAAGUCACCCACCAGCAAGGCCCCCACCACAGACACAUUCUGAAGCUGCUACCCACAUCCAUGGAGGCCACUGGCGAGAAGCCCAGCACGGCCAUCAAGGCCCCCAAGCGGGGCCAUCCCAGACAGAACCUGCACAAGCAUUUCGACAUCAAUGAGCAUUUGCCCUGGAUGAUUGUCCUCUUCCUCCUGCUGGCGCUGGUGCUGAUCGUGGUGUGCAGCAUCCGCAAGAGUUCCAGGACUCUCAAGAAGGGGCCCCGGCAGGACCCCAGUGCCAUCGUGGAAAAGGCGGGGCUGAAGAAAUACGUGCUUGGCUUGCGUUUACUUUUAUUUUCUUUGGUCCCUGGCACAGGGAUUGACAUCUUGAAGCUCGUCGCGGCCCAGGUGGGAAGCCAGUGGAAGGACAUCUAUCAGUUUCUUUGCAACGCCAGUGAGAGGGAGGUGGCUGCUUUCUCCAAUGGCUACACUGCUGACCAUGAACGGGCUUACGCAGCCCUGCAGCACUGGACCAUCCGUGGCCCCGAGGCCAGCCUCGCCCAGCUAAUCAGUGCCCUGCGCCAACACCGACGCAAUGACGUUGUGGAGAAGAUUCGUGGGCUGAUGGAAGAUACUACGCAGUUGGAAACCGACAAACUGGCUCUCCCCAUGAGCCCCAGUCCACUUAGCCCAAGUCCCAUGCCCAGUCCUAACGUGAAGCUUGAGAAUUCCACUCUCCUGACUGUAGAGCCCUCCCCUCUGGACAAAAACAAGGGCUUCUUCGUGGACGAGUCGGAGCCGCUUCUGCGCUGCGACUCCACGUCCAGCGGUUCAUCGGCACUGAGCAGGAACGGCUCCUUUAUUACCAAAGAAAAGAAGGACACGGUGUUGCGGCAGGUCCGCCUGGACCCCUGUGACUUGCAGCCCAUCUUCGAUGACAUGCUGCACAUCCUGAAUCCCGAGGAGCUGCGGGUGAUUGAAGAGAUCCCCCAGGCUGAGGACAAACUGGACAGGCUCUUUGAGAUCAUUGGGGUCAAAAGCCAAGAAGCCAGCCAGACCCUCCUGGACUCUGUGUACAGCCAUCUUCCCGACCUGUUGUAGAACACCGGGGCCCUGCAUUCUGGAAACGGACCUUCUGGCGGGCUGGUUUCAUUUUGUUUCUGACGUUUGUGUUCUGGUGUGUGCGCGCGUAUGUAUGUGUUUAACAGAGUAUGGCCGGUGCUUGAGUUUGGGGUUUGGGGAUUUUUCUUUCCUCGUUUUUCUCUUCUUGAAAGGGAAUUUAUAAAGCCUUUUCGAUGUAUAACUGUUGGAAAAUGCCCACCACUAAAGUUUUUUUUUAAGUUCCACAGAUGCUCCGUUUUUGCCUUCUUACAUCUUUUCAAAACUGUUCUGUGCACUUUAAAAACUUAACGUAAAUGCAGUGUGACUUUUCCCACAUGCUGGGUUCUGAGACUCUUAACUUCUUAAAAUCAUGAUGGCAUCUUGUGGCUUCUAUAAGCAAAUACCAGUCUUUCAACAGCCGCACCUACUUUUUCUGUUUUGGUUUUUUUGGUUUUUUUUUUUUCCUCUUUAUCUUACUGUUUGUCCUUUCCAAGUGUUCUUAAGGACCGAGGGGAUUUAAGAUCCUGUUGAUUACUGUAAUGCAAUUAGACUUCCAGUUAUCUUUUUCAUGUCUUGUUGUAAAGUUCAUCAUAUUCAUGGCUGAAACUUGACCACACUAUCUAUCGCCGAUUGUAUGGUUUCAUCUGGACGCCAUACACUGCUUGGUAACUUGUACUCCUCUUAACGCUAAUACGCUCUGGGCUGGAGAAUGACAUCUUCAAGUCAUCAGGACUUGGCUGUUUCAGUGGCUUGACACCUGGGCCACCAAAGAACUUGAUCUUCCUCCUUUAGGGACACCUCUGCUGCAUCUUGGAAAGUCAACCAAGCCAGUGGCAGCUUUUGCCCAGCUUUGCUUUGGAAGAUUUUUUUUUUUUCUUUUUUAAUACACAUAGUCAAUAGGUCCAGUUUGCCCUCAAGGCCUUGCUGGGUUUUCAUCAUCAAUCACUUCAUUUAAAACUGGCUGCAGCUGUAAGAACUCUUGUCUGAUCAAUCUGCAACUACGCUCUCACUCAUCAACUCGCCCCCUAACGCUCAGCUGUCAGGCUCUACCGCAAAGGUGGUGUCGGCUGCCUUUGUGUGGGGGGGCUGGGUGGUGAGGAACUGAUAGCAGAAAAAUGCCUUCAAGUAUACUAAUUUAUUAAUAAAUAUUAGGUGUUUGUUA